GUAAAACUUGAUUCAAAUCCAUAAAAAAUUACAAGUGAUUUUCCGCCCAAACUUUUAUGUGCUUUUAUAAUAUUGUUUCAAAAUGCAAGUUUCCGGUGUCUCUAAUAAUUUUGAUUUAGUCGAUAUUGAUGCGGUUACUAUGCCAGCUUCUCAUCCUUCUGUUUAUUGUCGACUGUGCUUUUCUAUUACAAAUCUUGGGCCUAUUUUUGGUUAUAACUCGAUGGCCUCUAACAAAGUAGUAGAACUUAUAAAACAACUCACUACUAUUGAAUUACACCCACAAGGCGACGCUAUGUGCUCAAUCUGUAGACCAUGUUCCGAUAAACUAGACGAGUUCGGCAAUUUCCGGAACCAAUGCCUUGUUUUCGAUGAGGUUAUUUCACGUCAGACGAAACAAUUACUUCACCAUAAUUUGGCCACUAAUCCUCCACCUCUUGUAUUGCCGAUUUCAACUGAAGUACAACCUCAAUAUCAACUGGCCAUUGGUGAUGUGACGUCUCUAGCAGCAUCCGCAGAAGAUACUCGUGGAUAUGAAAUAGUGGAAUUGAACGAGGAAAGCAACUACAAUGAUUUGACUCUAGAAAACUAUAAUGAAUACGAGCAAGGUACUGAAAAUAUACAUCAGCUGGAGAUGGACGCGUCCUUCGAGCCCAACAAUGAUGAUCGAGCGGUGUAUGAAAAAUACUUCUACGAAGGAAAAUAUUAUUGGAAAUGUACGCAAUGUGACGCGUUAAUGAGUCUAAGGAGUAGUGUCAACCGGCACAUAAGCAAGAUUCACGUUCCUGGUGUAGAAUUGCCACGCAUUAAGUGCGUGGAAACAGAUUGUAAUGCCACUUUCGUGGAAAUUGUCGGUCUCAAACGUCACGUCAAGAUAGUUCACGGAAAGAUUAUAAGGGCUAUGAACAAAAUGCAUAUUUAUCGGCCGGCAGUUUAGUUGGAUUGGGCUGCUAGUGUGCAUACCGAUACUACUAUUGAACAGAAAAUUCGACACAAUGCUAUCUCCACUUCUUGAUCUGCCUUAUUGGUACGAUCAUGUAAGUGUUUAAAAAAAGUCAAGAAACUGGAGCCUCGAUGACGUUCUCGAUUUCGAAAUUUAUUGUUCAAACCAGACAAAAUUUGCGAAACUGCUUGAAAGUUAAUGCUUAUACCAAAAAAAUUGUGCCCGCCCAUCGCAUAUGGAAUUUCUUAAUCGAUGUCAGUGGAUAGAAUUAACCGGCAAUGCCGUUGGAGUCAUCUAAGUACUUAUAACAAAAAAGUAAGGUAUGGAUAAUAUCUUUUCUGAAGUAAAUUAACAAAUAAAUUUGGAUGCAUACAUC